UACGAUAUAUUCUUACUGUUAAGAGAAUUUUAUCAGAUUAUAAAUGUUUUUUUGAAUUUUAAUGCAACGUUUUUGGGCAAAAGAAGACUUUUUUGAGGAUAGAAAGGCCUUUGGUGGAUUGUUUUUGCCACUAGACUUCUUGUUGUCUAUGGAAGACACAAUUGAUCAGCAAAAUAGUUUUUUGGCUUGCAAAAGAUUUUGUUUUACUUCAUUGGUUUUACUCCGUUUUUGUCUUGAAUCUGGUAAAAGAUGUCGGAAACUGGAAAUGAAGAACAGACCGAGUACGGGAUGUCGGACUCGUCCGAAUUCCUCUCAGAAGACGAACUGCCGGAGGUGGACGAGCCUUCAGAAGCGGAAUUGGCCGAGAUGUUGAAGCACGAGUUAUCCAAGCCGGACGAGCUGGACGCCCCUUCUUCCGAGUAUUUCGCACCGUCUGCCAUCGAGAGUGAAGACGAAGCUGGUCCGAUCGUUUUGGAAGAGGCAUCUUCUAGCGAGGACGAAGCGAAGCCACCCGAUGUGCGCUCUCCUUCGCAGACCUCGGUCGAGAAAAAGGUGGAAGAGGUGCAGGAAAAAGAAGAAGUCCAGAUGGAAGAAGAGCCUGAAGAAGUUUACGAACAGCCAAGCGUAAAAUCUGAAAUUACGGCUGAAAGCGCAGGCAGCAUCAGGUCGAAGAGCAUCGACGUGAUUCCUGACGAACCGAGAUCGAGGAUCGCCAGCGCCGAAAUAGGCAGGAUCUAUCCAUCUCAAGUAGAAGAGGAAGAAGUCUACAUCGACGAGUACGACGUGAACAAACCGAGCGGUGACCAAAAGCUCGACAAAUUCAUUUCCAGUCUCACCGAGGUCGACGUAUCCAGUUUGAAAGUGAUAAGGCCGGAGUCGGAGGAGAGUUACAGGAGCGAAAUGCCCAAGUCUCUCCACCAGCUGUUCUCGACGGAAAAGCCUCCCGAUGAAGACGACGAAUUCGCCUGGCCGAAUUACAUGCUGACGGACCGAGACCAAAUCUACGAAAACCUUAUAACAAAGACGAUCUGCAACAGUAAGAUCAUGGUGAUAGAAGGCGAGCACAUCUUGAUGCGACGCGACCACAUGGAAAUGGGCAGCAAGGUGAGGAUCCUUGGCGGAGGGAUGGCCGGGCUCGACCCUCUUUUCGGGGGCUACGUCGGUAAAGGGAUGCUCACGGCCGCGGUCAUCGGUGACAGGUACGAAGCUCCCAAGGUGUCUGCGAUCGACAAAGCCAUCGAGGAAAUGACGAUAGACAACAACAACGGCAUCCUCAUCAUCGUGCAGAACAGUUACGAGAACCGUGUCGCGUUCGGCCUCGCCAUGCAGAGGGCACGGCAGAGGGGAAUCCUGAUAGAUAUGAUAACAGUGAGCGACGACUGCUUCGAGGACAAAAGGCCAGGCGGUGCCGGUCGACCCGGCCUCACCGGCAUCCUUCUCGUACUGAAAAUCGCCGGGGCCAUGUCAGAAAAGGGAAAACAGAUCAAGGAAAUAUUCAUUACUUGCAGGACCAUUUUAAUGGCGACCAUUUCAUGCCACAUAUUACCGGAUCAAGUGAGGAUCGGCACUUCCACCAACGCGGACGAAGGUGCCAGGAUCGCCAUAAGGGACGUACAACUCAAAGAUAUAAUCACAUGGAUGAUACAAUACGCCACGCAUCCUUGCAGGUAUUUUUCACUGCCCCUUUCACCACUCAACAAAAUCGUCCUCCUUGUCAAUUCCUAUACACAAGAUUCUAUGUUCUUGUAUUCUGCGACGGCAGAGAUUAUAAGACAGGUGAAUAAAUUGGACGUGGACAUCGAAAGGGUGUUCGCCGGCAACUACAUAACAAGCAGCCGUGGAGAACGAGGUUUUACCAUUACUAUUUUCAAAGUGCACAACGAUGAAUUGCUAGAAUGGAUCGAUGCGCCAGUGGAUGUGGAAGCGUGGCAUGGAAAGGAAUGCGGCCAGGUCCCGAGCAUAAUGAAAUCGAUAACGAUGAUAUCGAAGCCGAUCGAACCUUUCGGCCCGUCCUUCCCUCCGGACAUCGAGACGAAGCUGCCUCACAUCCUCAACUACGUCUGCCGUGCGAUCCUCGCCGUCGAGACCCUCCUCAACACCUACGACCUGAACAGGUACGUCGGUUCUGCGAUAGCCAGAGGCGCUUCGGCCCUGGGCCAGAUCAACAAGACGAAUAAGGUCGACUGUCGUUCCGCCUACAGCUUCCUCAAGCAGAUUUCGGUGACUCUCGAGGAAAACAUGAACGGAGCGAUCGGGGCCCUGUACGGCCUCGUGUUCCAAGGGGCGGCUGAGGCUUUUCUUUGUUUUUCGAGGUUUGUCGACAUGGAACCUUGGAUGUGGGGCAUGGCUCUGGAAGGAGGCGUUAAAAACCUGAUCUGCUUCGGCAAACUGAAAGAAGGCGACUGUACUCUCCUUGACGCCCUCGUCCCACCGCUCAGGAAGUACAACAAGCUGGUCAGCUCCGAAUCGGAGGUCGUUCUGGACGGAGUCCCGUUAAUGAUCGAGCUGCUGAACGAGGCCAAGCUGGGGAUGAACAGCACACGAAAGAUGAGAAGCCAAAAUCACAUCCCGGGCGAGCCGGAAGUCGGAGCGUACACGGUCACAAUCGUAUUCAGCGCUAUACUGGAAGCGAUCAGAUAAUGAAAACGGCUAAUUUGGAAAAAUAAAAACUUCAAAUUUUCAAUUAA